AUGUUGUUGGGGAUAUUAGAGGAUGCAGCAAGGGAAAACAUCGAUCUUCAAAGGUGGAAUGCGUCCAUCGUUUCUACGACGGAGAAAAUUACUGGGCAUCGUCGAACGACAAUUGCACCUCGAAUUACUGUGAAACCCGAAUUGGUAACAGUGCGAGAUAAUCGAUUGAACGGUAUUGUCAAUCUUCACACGAAGGAAUGCACGUGUAAGGAAUUCGACUCACUUGAUAUCUCGUGUUCCCAUGCAAUUGUUGCUGCAAAGGAAAGAAAUAUACUCAUCCACAGUCUUUGCAGUCGAUUUUAUACAGUGGACUCUCUAAUGACUGCAUAUGCGGAGCCUAUAAAUCCACUUGGCCACAUAUCUGAAUGGAAAAAACCUUCUGGAUACGUAGAAAAGAUUAUCUUUCCUCUGAAGUUUGUGCCACAAGUCGGGCGACGGAGAGUGAGAAGAAUACCAUCCAUAGGAGAAUUUCGUAGACAAAUGAAAUGUGGUCGGUGUGGGAAUUAUGGGCAUAACCCCUAA